UGAGGAUCUCAUGAGAGUAAAAAGUAAUCUGGAUGUUACAUAGGAAAGAAAAGAAACCUCAGUACUGAGAUUGUGCAAUCAAAAUUAGUACAUACUUCAUUGCCGUAGGCGGGGCAUGUGAGGAGUGUACAGGGAACCUUGUAUUGUCCCACACGUAAUUUCUGAAAUUGCUCCAUAAUUUCGCACAGAACUGAAAAACGUGUAAUGGUGCCACAUACAACUAGACAACUGGUGUUGUGUCUGGGAAUCAAGAUUGUUCAAUUAAACUGGAUGCGCGGCAUAAUUUACGCACUCAGAGCUCCUGCUGUUCCCCAGAAUGUUCAGGAGGAGAGGAGAAAUCUCCUGUUCUCGUGGCUGUAGGUAACAGACAGUAGCAGUAACAGUGCAGUGUGGAGUGGCGAUGGUCCCCUGGGCCACCUUCCUGGUGACAUGCAUGUGGAUACAAACCCUCAAAGCCUCAGGACUGUACACCUGUCCCAGGACCCCUCGCAAGGAGGUGGAUUUCAACGUUAGCUACUCUAUACCCCACUUCCAGACUGCUAAACCCAUCCAGAACAUAGUGAUCAACCCGUACGGGCAUGAGGUUUAUGUGGCUUCUCAGAAUGUCAUUGAGGCAGUGAGUGAUAGGCUCAGUAAGUUAUGGGAGCUGAGGACAGGCCCAGUGGGCAGCCCGGAGUGUCAGACCUGUGCCCUGUGUGGCAUUGAGGCUGAUCCUGAGGACUCAGUGGACACGAACAAUGAGGUCCUGCUCUUGGACUCAUCAUCUUAUCUUACCUCUCUAUACUCCUGUGGGAGCUCUCAGCAUGGGGUCUGUUACUUACAUGAAAUUAACUCUAAUGGUACCCCACCUAAAUCUGAAUGUCUCUUCAGGCAGGAUGCUAACUCACCCUCCGACUGCCCUGACUGCCUGGCCAGCCCCCUGGGCACUGAGGUCAUCAUCGUGGAGCAAGGCUACACAGCCUAUUUCUUUGUAGUGGCUACACUCAAUGAUAGUGUGGCACAGAGGUAUGGCAGAUUGUCCAUGUCGGUGCGCCGGCCGCUGUCGACCCUGAAUGGCUUUGACAUGGUCAUGAAGGGUCUGACCGUGCUCCCUCAACUACAGAACUCCUACCGGAUCGACUACAUCUACAGCUUCUCCACACAGGACUAUGUCUACUUCCUGUCUGUCCAGAGGGAGAACGUCCUGGACUCCUCUCUGUAUCAAACGCGACUGGGCCGUCUUCCGGUGAAGGACACAGAGGUGUGGAUGUACCGUGAGCUGGUGCUGGAGUGUCGCUUCGAGCCCAAACGCAGGCGGAGGAGGAGAAGGACGGGGAGCAAGGUGUUCGAGGACGUGGUUUAUAACAGGCUGCAGGCGGCCCACUUCAGCCGGGCCGGGAAGGAGCUGGCAGACGAGCUAGGAGUGGGAGAGAAGGAUGACAUUCUCUAUGGGGUGUUUGCAGAGACAGAUGACUCUGGGAAACCCUACAGUAACUCAGCCCUGUGUGCCUUCCCAAUUGACCACGUGAACAGGGCCAUUGAUGAGGGAGUGGAGGACUGCUGCAGCUCCAGUCCAGAGCAGCUUUCCAGGGGGCUCUGCCACUUCCAGCUCUGCGAGAGCUGCCCUCAUGAGAGCUCAGAGAACAAUUCUACGUGCAUGGAAAGUCCCACCCUAGUGUCUAAACCCUACUACAAAGUGGACCUCUUCAACAGGUACAUGAACAACGUCCUGCUCACCUCAGUGUUGGUUACCAUCAUCGGGGACAACACUGUGGCACACAUUGGCACCAAGGACGGCAGGCUGCUGCAGCUCAUCCUGAGGAGGUCAAGUCCUAUCAUCUUUGCCAACUAUUCUCUGGGUGAGGGAACAGAAGUGUCCAGGAAAGCUGCUGUGCAAUCCGACGAGUCCUUGCUUUUUAUUGUUGGAAAUAAGAUGUUCAGUGUGUCUCCUAAAGGGCCAGGAUGUAAACACUUUCUAACCUGCUCCACAUGCCUGGCGGCGCCCAGGUUUGCAGGGUGUGGCUGGUGCUCGGCGGUGUGCUCCAGGCAGGAGGAGUGCCCCGCCCAGUGGAAGAAUGAGUCCUGUCCUCCCUUCAUCACAGAGUUCUUCCCUAAGACAGCUCCCCCUAAUGGUGAGACAGAGCUUAAGCUGUGUGGCUGGGAGUUCCAGUCUCCUAUAAGACCAGCCAUCAUCAGCAAGGAGACCCACCUGGUGAGGGUGGGAGAGACCCCCUGCACUGUACUGUCAGAGAAGAGCAACAGCACACAGCUGGUGUGUAGCAUUCACCCUAAUGUUACAGGCCGAUACCAGGAUCUCAACAUCACCGUGGAAGUGCAUGAGAGGAAGGUGGAGGGACGCUACUCAAUCCAAGGGCAGGCUCAAAUUAUAGGGUUCACUUUUGUGGAGCCAAGUAUCACAGAAAUCAUACCUGACUACGGGCCUCAGGUAGGGGGGACUUUGGUCACACUGACAGGGCCUCACUUGAAUACUGGGAUGAUUAAGACUGUGUCUAUAGGAGACCAGGUCUGCCCCAUCAAGAGUGUCUCUAAGGGUACGGGGACCAUGUCCUCCAUAGUCUGCCUGUCUAAAGGUGUGGCAGCAGUGAAGAAGGUGCCCGUGAGGGUUGUCAUUGACCAAUCCCAGGUGUCCACUAACAAAAUGUUCCACUACAAGAGCAACCCUGUGAUCACUGAGAUAGGGCCUGCCUGCAGCUUCCGAAGUGGAUCCAAGAUCAUCAUCAAAGGCAAAAAUCUGGACUCUGCACACAAAACUGUGAUCCACUACAAAUCCACCAAACUGAAGAAGCCUCUGCAUCGUGUCUGCAGCGGCACAGCAAACGCCACGCAUAUGGAAUGCUUUGCCCCCGUCUUCCCCAGAAAUGAGACAGACAAGGGCUCAAUCAAUGUCAGCAUGGACGGGGCCAUCAAUCUGGUGACGAAGAACUUUGAAUACCAACCAGACGCCAGCAUCACCCCCUUUGAGUAUGAAGGCAACGUACUGAGCCUGAGCCCUGGACAGACUGAGGUUUCACUGCAUCACAACAAGCUAAGCAUGGUGAGCCUCUGCAUGGAGAUCAUAAUGACCAUCGGAGGUGCGAACUGCAGAGUCCAAGUACUGGACAACGAACUGACCUGCAGGAUCCCCAAGGAUCUCAUCAUCCCCAGGGAAGGUUCGCCUGUCAUGGUGUUUGUGAAUGGGCGUGCCUAUGAGGUUGGCACGGUGGUCUUCGUCAACAACACCACCAACGUACUGGUUAUCAUGUUUGGAAUUGUCAUUGCGUUGUGUGUUGGUGCUGCCAUGGCCUUCAUCACCAUGAAACAUGUGAGGAGGAAGAAGAAAGCCAAAGUAGACACUCGUUUAGCAAGGAUGUUUGUCCGCAGUCGGAUAAGCAGCAACCCUGACCAAUCCCCCACAGGUGAUUAUCGACAAGAAUGGUCCAACCAGGUGAGCCAGAGGACAGGCUCAGGAGGGAUAGCCUUACAUAGCCUGCUCUACGCUGCCACCUUUGACCCCUCAGCCACACCUCUGAUCUCAUUGGAGACCCUGAGACCUGAGCUCCUGGAGGAGGUCAAAGACGUCCUGAUCCCAGCCGACAGGCUCGACGUUCACCACAACCAGAUCAUCGGCAAAGGUCAUUUUGGGACUGUGUACCACGGCUACCUGACAGACAACAAUAACCAAGAACAGUUAAUCCACUGUGCUGUUAAGUCAUUGAACAGGAUCACAGACCUGGAGGAGGUGGAGCAGUUUCUGAGAGAGGGCAUCCUGAUGAAGGAGUUCCAUCACACCAAUGUUCUCUCCCUGCUGGGUAUCCUGCUGCCUCAGGAGGGGCUCCCCCUGGUGGUGCUGCCCUAUAUGAAACAUGGAGACCUGCGCCACUUCAUACUCUGUGAAAGGAGGAAUCCAACAGUGAAAGACCUGAUUGGCUUUGGGCUACAGGUUGCCAAAGGGAUGGAGUACCUGGCCCAGAAGAAGUUUGUACACAGAGACCUGGCGGCUCGAAACUGCAUGCUUGAUGAAACGUUCACGGUGAAGGUGGCAGAUUUCGGAAUGGCCAGAGAUGUGUUUGACAAGGAGUACUACAGCAUCCAGGACCACAGGAAGGCCAAGCUGCCAGUCAAGUGGAUGGCCAUAGAGAGCCUGCAGACACAGAAGUUCACCACUAAGUCAGACGUGUGGUCAUUUGGGGUCCUGAUGUGGGAGCUGUUGACCAGAGGAGCGAGCCCCUAUCCUGAAGUGGACCCCUAUGACAUCACUCACUUUCUGUUAAAGGGACGCAGGCUGCACCAGCCACAGUUCUGCCCUGAUGCUUUGUACUCCAUCAUGCUGGAGUGCUGGGACCCGGAGCCAGAGCUCAGGCCUGACUUCCACACGCUCGGCCAGGAGGUGCUAGAGAUCCUGUCCUGCCUGGAGGGAGAGCACUACAUCAGCCUGAAGGUGACCUAUGUCAACCUGGACCAGCCAGGGCCUUACCCUGCCCUUACCACCUCUGCUGAUGAGGCUGAAGCCUCUGGAUCAGACUCAGACAGCGUUGUGUCUAGCUGAGGACCACAGAGCCUCAGGGGUCAACAGAACUGACCGAUCCAUACCAUACCAGAAUUUACUGGACCAAACCAGACCAGGACAGGGACAGUAGGGCAUGGUCAGAGGGCAUGGCUUGGGGCAUGACCAUUCACCAUAGAUGGAGCGCUCCCCCUAUUCCCAUCCACAACGCAGUAUUAGUACACAGAAAUAAUUGUUCACUUCUGUUACUCAAGACUGGAUUGGUAAGGAAUAGAAUAUUGAUUAUUGACUAAGAAGACCUUGUGAAAUGUGUUUACUUGUGUGAGCAUUCACACUGGAUUUCAAUGUAGUUUCCCCUUCCUUGUGAGUACACAAAUUAUGACUAUAUCAUAUUUGUCUGUACUUUCAAUGCACUUGUGUUUUUUUUUUUUUUUUAAGGAAGAUUUUCAGGUGAAGAAAUUGUAUUUAUAAUGGGACACCAAGUGAACCUUCUCCGUGUCUGAAGCACAGCUGUAAAUAUGAACAACUGAAUGUACAGUAUACUGUAUGCCUGAAAUGUGUAUAUGUGUUAUAAUAACUAAGGACUCUGAUUUGAACUUGACAUGUUUCACAUUUGUCAGUCAUAUUUUUCAAACUUUUUUUUGCUGGCAUCCAAAGACAUGCCUUAGAGAUGGUCAUUUGUGUUGAUGGUCAUUUGAUGUAUGUUUCUGAAUGUGGCCAUUGACUGAACUGGUCAUUCUCAUUGAUACUUCUGAGAGGAUAUUUCAGUGAACCAAACUAGCGUUGUCUAUGGUUAUCUGCUAGCGUUCUAGUAGAUACACAUAGACUUCCAGUCAUUGCGCUAACGCUAGUUAGAAUUGGCUUGCGAAACUACCUCUUACUUCCUUCAUACUGGGCACAGAGACAUACAAUUGGUACCCAUAAAUGAAUCUGAAGUAGAUACAAAAUAUCCCUUUUGAGGGGCAAUCUGCAAAUGGUAUAUCCAUUUGUGUAUUUUUAAAUUAACAAUAUAUACACCUUAACUUUUCAAAAAUAUAAUUAUAAAUGCCUAAUGAGCUUAGAUCAACAUUUAUGCCCCUUCCGAACCCAUAAUAGAUUGUUUUACUCUAUUGUUUGUAAACAAUGUAAUCGUAAAGAAACACUGUCAGCGUAUAGCGUCAAGACAUGGUUAAAUCUAUACUAUCCUUGCAUCUAUAGCGCAGACCAUGAAUUUUAGGGUGGUUACAAUUCUGUUUUGUUGUUGUUUGAACUGCAGAUUGUCCCUUUUACUCUGAGGUAUAAGUAUGCAACCCAUAUCUUACUGCUUGUUAGUCUUUAAAACCACCACUGGAUGUCAGCAAAAACCUUUGUCGCCAGUCCUUAUGCUGCAGUAUUCUGCACCUCAUGAGACCACGGCACAGACAAGACCUUUGUUACAACAGUCUAUGCUCCGGAAUUAUGAAACUGAAAGUUGAUGAGAAGGGUGUUUAUGCUUGGUUAUGAUUGGCACUGGCAGACUGUUGUCGGUCUCUUAAAUGGCACUGAAAUCUCA